AUGAUAGUUUUCCGUGUCGAAGAGGCGCCUGAAUACGACGCGUUGUGGAUGCUGGAGAAGAAGGCGCGAAGCAUUGGCGACGAGGCCACGUUCCAGGACAGACCGUACAGGCGUAGACGACUGUCGACGGACUCGAGACAACCGGAGGAACAGGGUUACAGAGUGGAACCGUUGUUUGUGGCCGUAGAACAAACAUAUGCGACGCAUUACGUGUGCACAGAUUGCGGAAGAGGAUACAAAUGGCUGGACAGCCUGAAGAGGCACAAAAGGGUCGACUGCGGGAACAAAGAGAAACAAUUCUCGUGCGAUGUAUGCGACAAGAAGUUCAAAUAUCGUUACGAACUGAAAAAUCACGUCACCGCGCAUCACUCAACGUGA